AUGGAGGAACUCCAACUCCUCCUCUCUCGGCUACAACCUCCCUCGGAUGAAAUCGUGCACGAGUGCACUCUGAUAUCUGAAUAUAAAGAUUUAGAUUCGUUGGGGAGGGAAAGAGGAGAGAUUUUUGUCGCAGAAAAGGAAGAAGAAGAAGAAGAAGGAAGGAUUGGUUUGUCGACACCAUCAUCAUCAUCGUCGGAGCGAAGAGAAAAUGUGCGUGCGUUUCGCGCUGAUUUUCUCUCGAGUUUAACAAAAGUAAGAGAGAGUAUUGGAUCGAAUUUGAUCGAGAGAGAAGAGCUUGGAGUGGUGCAUUUUGUGGAUGAAGAUGAAGCAGAGGUCGUUAGGACUCGUGUAAAAAAGAAAGUAUUGAUUGAAGUGAUAGGGGAUGAGGAUGAAGAUGAAGAAAAAUCCCCUAACAAGAAGAGCCAAAUGUGGAAUGAUUUUGCGCUGUUAUUGUGCGGGAUGAUGGAAACAUCGGAUGGAAUUCCUUCGUGGUCGAGUAAGCAAUGUUCUGAUAGAGCGAAAGAGAUGCUAGAGGAGUGCUACAUCGACGGUAGUAAUAGAGGUAGUAAUAGUAGUAGUGACGAUGACAACGGGAAACGACGUGCCCCUCUCGCCUCGGACGCGCUCGACGGCGAGCGGAUGUGGAGAGAUUUGAAAUCGCACAAAAGUGCGCCGGAAAAGGAGUCUUGGAAUACAAAGUUGGCAGAUAGGAGGGAUGCGAGAGCAUUUUAUGCGAGCGUGCAAGCGUUGAGUGUGUUGGAGCACGUUCCUUUUGGGGAGCAUACGUUUGAGCGGUUUACCUCGAUCGCAUUGAGAGCGUUGGAGUUUGAAACGCUCGCGACGAAACGUGUUGGGGCACGCAUUACGGAGAGGCUUUUGAGCAAGUGUUUGGAGGUUAAUGUUAACGGAAGAAUUGUUCGCGAUACUCGAGGAAUUUCGAAAGCCAUGUUUGAGCAGCUGAAAAGAAAUAUGGUUGGCGCAACAUCCGCGCUUUUUGCGCCAACAUUGCGAGCGUUCGUAGCGUGCGCAAAAGUUCGUAAACACGAAUCGCAAUCAUCGUCGUCGUCAGAAGAGGGUGCGGAAUGGCGAUAUCACGAUGCAGUGCUAUCGCAAAGCUUGGAUUCAGUCUCCUUGCACGUGGACGAUUUAAACUUUGUCGCUCCGCUCUUGCGAACAAUUCCUGAACUUUGCUCGGAGAUGAAACUACGCAUCGUUGGUCGAUACAAAUCAUUAAUUCCUUCUGUAUUAGCGUGGUCGAAAGCCCCGUCGAACGAAAUUGCUCUGUUAGCGCUGGAAGCGUUACACGAUAUCCUCCAAUGGACGUGGCCGCGAGCGUACUCGAGGUGCGAAGAGAUUUGGGAGAGCAUGAAAAUAGCUUACGAGGAAGAGGCUGAAAAAAUACGAGGGUGA